AUGGCUUUACAUCCAACCAAGCAUCGUGGGCUCAGCGAAGACUUGGAUGUGGCAUACAACUCAGAAGACUUCAAGCAAAUAGCCAUUCAGGCCCUCAGAGACGCAGUCCGUGUACCGACCGAAUCAUACGAUGAUAAUGGACCGGUCGGUGAAGACAGCCGAUGGGAUACAUUCGCAGAACUUCAUCGAGUUCUUGAGGCCUCAUUUCCUCGCAUUUAUGAGUCUCUCAAUAUUACCAAAGUCAACACAUAUGGUCUGGUUUUUUCAUUGGCAGGGAUCAACUACGGCAAAACCUUAUCUCUUGGCCGCUCAUCAAGUCAGACAGUCAAAGACUGGAAAUACGAUCCGUAUUCAGGGUACUAUGACGGCACGUGGAUAUGGGGUCGUGGUACUUGCGAUGACAAAAGCGACUUGAUACGACAAUUGCUCGCCAUUGAUUCAUUGUUAAAGCAUGACUUCUCUCCUGCGCGCACCCUUAUACUUGCCUAUGGAUUUGACGAAGAGUCUAAAGGCAUAGAGGGUGCUGGUCAUCUUGCUCGAUACUUGGAAGAAACGUACGGGCGCGAUUCUUUUGCCUUGCUUCUUGACGAAGGAUCUGAUUACACGGACAUGGGCGGCGUUGUUUUUGCUACUCCCUCGACAUCUGAGAAGGGAUAUCUUGAUGUCAAGAUCACGCUUUCAACUCCGGGUGGUCAUUCGAGCGUACCACCUUCUCAUACGAGCAUCGGUCUCCUCUCUCGUUUCAUAGCAGCGGUGGAGGAUAACCCGCAUGAAGCCAGCCUUUCCCGAACAGGAACCCCGUUUGCGACGACGCAGUGCCUUGCGGCCUACAAUCCAGUAUACCCUGAUGACUUGCGAAUACUCGCAAGAAAAGCGGUUACAGACGAUGCGGCUCUAAAAGUGCUUCAAGAGCAACUUCUGGCUUCGCAUCCCCAGUAUAAAGCAAUACUUGGGACCACACAAGCGGUAGACCUCGUCGAAGGUGGCGUGAAAGUUAACGCUCUCCCAGAGCGUGCUAGCGCAGUGGUCAAUCACCGCAUUGCAGAGCAUAGUUCUGUUGGCGAGUUGCAGCAGCACAUGGUCGACCUUUUGACCCCGUUGGCAGCCAAGUAUGACCUCGCACUCGUCGCGUUCGGCAGCAACGUGACUUGUGGCGGUGCUGGUCAAGUCGUUCUGUCCGACUUCCUCGGGAUGGCCUUGGAGCCGUCGCCCGUGACACCUACCGGGUAUGGCCCUUGGGCACUCUUGCAAGGAAGCAUUAAAGCUGCUUUUGAGAACUCCCCUUCCCGCAACAGCAGCAAGGUUGUGGUUAUACCCUCUCUAUCUAUUGGUACGUUAGUUGUCUGGUUUGUACUGCACGAUUCUAACGACUGGUAUCAACCAGGCAACACUGACACACGAUUCUACUGGAAUUUGACCAAGCAUAUUUUCCGCUUCUCGCCGUCCUUUGACACUGAUAAUUUCAAUGGAUUCCUCAUACCAGCUUUCCGUGCAGACAGCUUGAAUGAAGGUGUUCGUUUCUACACCAAAUUUAUCUUGAAUGUGGACGAAAAAUCGGUGGCGUAUGGAACUCAUUCGCUUGGAGCGCUGUCGGACUUUGGAUACCACCUUGUCUUGGCCGAGGCGCCGCGUGUGACAUAG